ACGUAAUCAGAAAUUAUCUCACUUUGAGAAGAAGACUUUGGGCAAACAUUCUCUCUUAAGACGAGAUACGACCGCCGUCGCCGGGAAGUGACGUCACCAAAAAGCUGUCAAUGGGUGCCACAGACCCCGCGGUGGAGGAGAGAGAGAACAAAGGAGAGAAGUUAGAGAGAGAAGAAACAGAGAAGAAGCAAAGAGGAGUAAAGGGUGUGGAUGAGGAAGGAGAAGAAUCAAAGGAUAAAGAUGAAAUCAGUCACCACAGAUUUUUGGCGAGCUUGAAUAGAUUAAACCCAACAAAUCCUCUUAGGAUCAUUUUCAAUAAUGGCGGCGGCUCUAGAUUCACCACGCCGCCUCCUAAUCUCGCGCAGCCACUCCGAUCUUCCUCAAGAAUGCCUCCGCCGAUACAGACGCCUCCCACUCGCGCUCAACCGCCUGAAGAGCCUCAGCUUCCGCCGUCUCCGUCGGCGACGCCGCCGCUUCAGCUACAAUCUCGUUCCAUCCUCAUACCAACCCCUCAACAAACCUUGGCAUCAUUGAAUUCAACAAAGUACACAAACAAGUUCUUUCUGCUGCUCUUCGUGGUUCACAAGGUUGCGGCUAUUGGGUUUGUAGGCUUCCUCGUCUUCAAAGGCGUCCAAGGUCUAAUAGGAUCCAACGGUAGCGUCAAAAGGAAAGAGCAUAAGAUCCUCAGAUUUCUACUCCCACAAGUCGAAGCUGCAUCGUUCUUGAGCAUCAUACUCGCAUUCUCCUGGCAAAUGGCAUUUCGUAUCUGGCCUAAUUUCAUGAUCCACUUCAUAAUAUGGAGUACAUUCUUGAUGUCUCUAUCCUCAGGAAUCCUCUUGCUGUGUUUCCAGAUGCCAGCCACCGAUGCUGUUGGGGUUUGCCUCAUCGCAUUCUCCAUCGGCAAUGGUUUAUAUGCUUGCUGGAUCACUCGCAGGAUCAAAUUCUGUUCCAAGAUAUUGGUCAAGUCGUUAGAACCAGUUUCCAAGUUCUCGGAUCUGAAUUUACCAACCUACUGUAUGCUAGCUGCUGGUUUCCUCUGGAUGUCAGUUUGGAUUUUUGGUGUCCUCGGUGCAUUGAACUUCUAUUUUCCUCCACUCGUGAUUAUUGGUUUGGUGCUAAGCCUGGCUUGGACUACGGAAGUGAUGAGGAAUGUUGUUAAUCUAACUGUGAGUAGAGUCAUUGCUUUGUUCUAUCUAAGGGGAAUGCAGUCAAGUACUCGGUUUAGUUUCCAAAGGGCCUUGUCUCGGAACCUCGGGAGCGCGUGUUUAGGAUCUCUGUUUGUUCCAACAAUCGAAGCCCUGAGAAUCGUGGCAAGAGGAUUGAAUUUGCUCAAGGGUGAAGAUGAGUUCAUGUUUUGCUGCGCUAAUUGCUGUCUCAAGCUCAUGACCUUCAUAUUCGAGCACGGCAAUGGCUGGGCCUUUGUGCAGAUAGCAGCUUAUGGGAAAGGAUUUGUGAGGGCGUCGCAAGACACGUGGAAACUGUUUGAGGAUGAAGAUAUGGUUGAGAUCAUAGAUGCAGACAUAACAAGCUCCGUCUGUUUCCUCACAGGAAUCUGCAGCGGUUGCAUCUGUGUUAUUGUCGCUGCCGCUUGGACUCACACAGUUUACAAACCUUUUACAGCCACCAUCUCCUUGCUUGCCUUCUUCAUUGGAUACCUCAUGACCAGGAUCUCAAUGGCAUUGCCUCACGCCUGUGUAAGUUGCUACUACGCAUGCUAUGCCGAAAAUCCAGAAAGCAGAUUCUUCGACAAAACCAUAAAAGAUAGGCAAGCUUUGAUAAGAAAUGGCCGUGUUGUUGUCCACACGCCUAGAGUCCGCCGCGCUCUAGCCUAGCCGGUGCUUCUUGCUUAGUCUUUUUUUUCCUUCCUGCCUGGUUUGAAACGGCUAGGUGCUAAAUCUUCAGAAACCAAAUAACUUAUUAGUUUAAAAAAUUGUAUUUUGAUUUAGUUACAGAAAGAGUGAAGUGUCAAAUAUCAGUGGGGUGGUGGGGAAGAAAGAAUGUGGAUAGACAAAGGUCAUGACAUCGACACAAUCCAACUUAAUGUAAUGAGCCAAAAAGGCAAGUUGGUUUAGCUUUUUUCUUUUCUUUCUUUGUUUUGUUGUUGAGACCCCCUCAAUUACUUUCUGUACAUAUCUCUUCAUUAUUUUUUUGUUCCUUUUC